GUACUUAUUAUAGUUCAUCGGAUUUUAGUGUCUUCUCUCCUAAAAAUUGACCAUAACCUAGCAAGUACAACGUCAAUCAGGCAAUCAAAACCUCGAAAUACCCCCCUUAUGUUCUGUGAUCAAAACAUCCGUGUUUUGAAACACUGAUUAUUAAAGGGUCCUAAUUCUAGUGACCAUGGCGCUGAACCCUCCACUGGUGUAUGGGAUCCAGAGUACAGCGGGCGCAGUCCCAGUACGGAAUGAAAAGGGGGAGCUUUCGAUGCAAAAAGUCAAAGUGCACAGGUACGUGUCGGGAAAGCGGCCCGAUUACGCCCAGGACGUGCGCUCGGACAGCGACAGUGAUGAAGACGACUUCUUGGAGAGGCGCCAUCAGCUACCCAAAGACACCUCUCCACAGCCCGCCCAUAACAGCGACGACGAACUUAAAGACCCCCGGCUGAAGCGGCUGAGGAAUGCCGAGAUCGACACAGAGGUACGGCCCGAGCGCCGACGGCAUGUUUUUGAGGCGGAGGUGCUGGAGUCGUCGGAAGAUGAAGAAGUUGAGAAUAUGGCCCUGGCCGAACAAAAACACACGCUGGAAGCUGGACCGGACGACGAGGCCUCAGAGGAGGAACUCAGCGACGGGGAGAUCGAGCGGCGCAGAAACUCCCUCAGAAGCAAAAUGACCAAAACAAUCACCAGCGUCGAGCUGAAGAAAGAGGAGGACUUCAGCUCGUCAGAGGAGGAGGAAAGCGAGGAGUACACCGACUCUGAGGAGGAGACGGGGCCACGAUUGAAACCGGUGUUUGUGCGCAAAAAGGACCGCGUCACCAUCAUGGAGAAGGAAAAGGAGGCCGCCAAGCAGAAAAGGGUAGAAGAAGAGGAGCUGCGCAAGGCGGAGGACCGACGGCGACAGACGCUGCGCAUAGUAGAAGACCUAAUACGCAACAAGAAGGAGGAAAAGGACAAGGAGACCAAUGAGCCGGACCUGAACGACGUCUGCACGGACGACGAAAACGACGAAGUCGAAUACGAGGCCUGGAAGCUGCGCGAGCUGAAGCGAAUCAAGCGCGACCGUGAGGAGCGUGAAGCGCUCGAAAAGGAGAAGAUUGAAAUCGACAAGCUGCGCAACAUGACGGAGGAGGAGCGCCGCUUGGCGCUGCGCCUCAACCCCAAACAGGUCACCAACAAGGCGGCCAAGGGCAAGUACAAGUUCUUGCAGAAGUACUACCAUCGCGGCGCUUUCUACCUGGACAAAGAGGAGGAAAUCUUCAAGAGGGACUUUGCGCAAGCCACCCUGGAGGACCACUUCGACAAGACCAUCCUGCCUAAGGUGAUGCAGGUGAAGAACUUCGGCCGAUCGGGCCGCACCAAGUACACCCACUUGGUCGACCAGGACACCACGCAGUUCGAGUCGCCCUGGUCCAACGUCAAUCAGCAGAACACCAAGUUCCACGCGACGCAAGCCGGCGGCGUUAAACAAGUCUUCGAAAAACCCACCUUGAAGAAGAAGAAAAAUUGAGAAAAAAAUACACGUUAUUCAAUUAAAAA